AUGCUGUCGUCUCAGCAAAAGUUUUCCAAGCUAUUCAGACCUUGGGACCUUAGUGAAAAUCAAAAACAAAUGGAUGCUAAUAGUGAAACAGACAUGGAACAAUCAACGACGAAGAAGCGUAGAUUAGUUGAAAACAAGCGUGAAAAUCGUUUACGAAAAAUUCGCGGUACUUUUAAGAAAAGUGACGUUAAUCAAGAUUGUACCGUUUCAACGACAACAGAAGAUAACGAAGACAAAAAGCCAAUCAACGUUGACGAAAAUUCGGAAAGUUCAGACGCUUUCGAUUCCCCCAUGCACAACUUAAGCUUAUGCUGUGAUAGACUGCUAGAAGAACCAACUAACGCAACAAAAGAUGAUAUCAAACAUAGCAAACCCAACCAGAAAGAAAUUCAUGAAAAUUACACGACAGCAUAUCCUGCUACUAUACCACAAAGUACUGCACACUAUCCGGGAUACAUACCAGAGUAUCUCCCUGGAGAUAUCGCGCAAACCCUCGGCAUUCCACCAACCGAUCCGCUUCUUCUAGAAUCCCUCGCUCAAGGAUACGCGAUGGAAUUAGAAUACGCCAGAAUUCUCCAACAAGAAAGUGAAGCCAAACUUCUGAACGCGAGAAAACAGCGUCCGAAGAAAUACAAAUGCCCGCAUUGCAACGUAGGUUUUUCCAACAAUGGGCAAUUGAAAGGCCACGUCAGGAUCCACACGGGCGAGCGACCUUUCAAAUGCGACGAGAAGGACUGCGGAAAAACGUUUACCAGAAAUGAGGAGUUGACCAGACACAAGCGGAUACAUUCUGGUGUCAGACCGUAUCCGUGCCAGACCUGCGGGAAGAAGUUUGGGCGGCGGGACCAUUUGAAAAAACAUACGCGCACACAUUUUGUUCAGGCAGAGAGGAUGAUGCCGGUGUUCGUGCCUCUGUCCGCGAUGCCGCAUGUGGCUGGGUUUCCUUAUUUAUAUGGUUACUAAAUCAAAAAGGUACGCGAAAUAUAAGAAAAAUAAUAUCUUGAUGUUGUGUAGUAUUCACGUGCGUAGCGCGACGCUUACAACCGUAAGGCCGCAUACAAAC